AUCUAAUUCUAGCAGACGCACAAAGAUGUGGCAACACUUUUGACAUUUAAUGGAUUUUUUCGCAUUUUCGAUGGCAUAAAUAAAAAUGAAGCGCAUAAGUGAAAAGAAGCUUGAAGCCUUUAAUGUGGGCGCUAUGGCCAAGCGCCAGCUGUCCAAAAAGGAAAUUGAGGAGCAAAAAAAGAAAGAUGAUGAGGAGGCAGCGGCUCAUGUCUUUAAAGAAUUUGUGGAAACAUUCCAAGAAGCUCCCUCUGCUUCCUCCAAGGUUUGGGUAAAGGCGGGUACAUACGAUGCCGGUUCUCGUAGAGAGGAUAAUCGUGAAAAGGGAAAGUUAUAUAAGCCUUCAUCCAAAGUGGAUGAAAAGUCGGCGGCGGAAAAGGCUCAGGAAUAUGCCAAGUUUUUGGCAUCUGAUUUGAAGAAAGAUUCAUUAUCUUUGAAAAAGAAAAGCCAGGAGAAGAAAAAAAGUAAUCUGGAAUUGUUUAAGGAAGAACUUAGACAAAUACAAGAGGAACGUGAAGAACGCCAUAAAUUUAAACAUAUGGCCCAGUCCAAUAUGUUACAAGUCAAAGACCAAAAAGAACAUACCACGGAGCAUGAGGUAGUCGAAAGGUCGGGUUCGCAUGAUACCGGUGAUCCAAAUACAACUAAUUUGUAUUUGGGUAAUUUAUGUCCUAAGUUAUCGGAGCAACAAUUGAUGGAAAUAUUUGGUCGUUAUGGCCCUUUGGCAAGCAUUAAAAUUAUGUGGCCUAGAUCGGAGGAAGAGAAAUCACGUGGCCGUAAUUGUGGUUUUGUAGCCUAUAUGAGUCGUAAAGAUGCUGAACGAGCUCUAAGAACUCUUAAUGGCCGUUUCAUUAUGGGCUAUGAAAUGCGACUGGGCUGGGGCAAAGCUGUGCCCAUUUUAAAUCAACCAAUUUUUAUACCGCCACCUUUAUUGGAGCUUACCAUGCCACCACCACCAUCGGGGUUGCCAUUUAAUGCCCAACCACCACCAAAUGAAAGAGCUAAUGUGCCGGCAAAGAAUUAUAAAGAAUAUACCACAGAGGAGGAGAAGGAAAAUAUGCAAAAUGUUUUGCAAAAGUCGGUGGUCAAAGUUAUAAUUCCAACAGAAAAAACUGUUUUGCACAUCAUUCACCGCAUGAUAGAAUUUGUUAUACGCGAAGGACCCAUGUUUGAAGCUUUAAUUAUGUGCCGGGAAAUUGAGAAUCCGGCUUUCUCAUUUCUAUUUGACAAUGAAAGCCCUGCUCAUAUUUAUUAUCGCUGGAAACUGUUUUCCUUGUUGCAAGGUGAUAGUAUCUCUGAAUGGAAUGAGAAGGAGUUUCGUAUGUUCAAAGGUGGUCCCAUUUGGAAGCCCCCCAUUGCCAAUUUCUAUACACAGGGUAUGGCGGAUGAGUUGGUGGUGGACCCCGAUGCACCAGAAGUCCAUAAGGGAGCGCUUUCAACUGCACAACGUGACCGUUUGGAAGAUCUUAUUCAUUAUCUUACACCAGAACGUUCACGCAUAGGAGACGCCAUGAUAUUUUGCAUUGAACAUGCGGAUGCAGCCGAUGAAAUUUCCGAAUGCAUUGCAGAGUCUUUAUCAAAUCCCACUACUUUGGCUUCAAGAAAAAUAGCACGUUUGUAUUUGCUAUCGGAUAUAUUGCAUAAUUGCACUGUGUCAAAGGCCUCCUUCUUUAGGAAGUCCAUUGAAAAACAUUUGGCCGAUAUAUUUGAGAAUUUACAUACAUUCUGCAAUGCUAUAGAGAGUCGUCUUAAAGCAGAGGGUUUUAAGAAUAGAGUAUUGAAUGUGCUGAAAGCUUGGGAUGAUUGGGCGGUAUAUUCCAAAGAUUUCUUAAUGCAGUUGAGAUGCAGUUUUCUAGGCAAGCAGUUACAAAGGUCCCCUUCGCCGCCUCCUGAAGAAAUCAAAGAAGCCGAAGAGGAAGAUAUCGAUGGUGCUCCCCUUUCGGGUGAUGAAAGGGAUGAUGAGGAUUUGGACGGCGUGCCUUUGGAUGGUGCUGCCCUUUUAAAGGGAGUACUUAUGCGUAAUUUGCCAGAGUCCUCACAGAAAAACACCCCAAAUCGUCGUAGCCAAGAAGUUAGCCGUGAUGCGGAUUACAACGAUGAUAUCGAUGGAAUACCUAUGUAUGAUGAUAUUGAUGGCAUACCACUGGAGAAGGAUACCUCUGAUGAUCUAUUGCAUCCUGAACUGUUGACAGGUAAAUCAGCAUCGUCAAAAACUCCCGCAUUUAUACCAUCAAAAUGGGAGACAGUAGAUCCCGAACAAGUAGCCGAACAGGCAGUUACUACAUGUAAAUGGGAUUCAUUGGAUCCCCCUGAUCCACCGAAAUAUGAUGUAGACAAUGAAGAGGAUUUUGAUGAAAUCAAACGCACAAAAUUACGUGAUGUUGAGGUUAAGACUAUGCAGUAUCAAGAUUCUUUGGAAUCCGGAGAAAUUGACUUGAAAACCGGCUGGACAAUACCAGAGCAGGUGGAAUAUUAUCGCAAAAAAUUAUUGAAAAAGUCUUCGGACACAGUAGACUCUCCCUUAAGCUACAUGUAUAGCAAAGAAGCAGCCAGCCCUGAAAGAUCGCGUCAUUAUAGACGCUCACCAUCGCCUGCACAACAUUCUCGCGGUAGCUCACGUUCUAGUCCAGCACGCAGCAGCCGAAAACGCUCGAUGUCACCUUACAAGAGCACCAGCAGUAGUCGGCGCGAUAAAUCGCCUUCCUCCAAUAGUCGUGAAAGUAGCAAAUACAGUAAACGACAUCGCUCACGUAGUUUAUCACCACCAUCGCCGCCUCAUCCGCAUCCGUUGGAUAGAACGACAUCUUAUAUAUCCAAGUCCUCACGUUACGAUAGUCCACAAUCAUCAUCUAGAUCGAAGAGGUCACCUUCUCCCAGUUAUUCUCGUUCCGCCAAACGUGACGAUCGCAACUCUUACUCAUCGCGCAGUGAAAGAAGUAAAUCAAGUAAAAGUAAAUAUUAAUGUAAGGACCCUAAGUCAUCAUACAUAAAUCAACUAUAAAGGAAACACAGAAAACAGAUAUGAAAAUUUUCGCAAUGAAAUAUAUUUAAAAUUUAUACAAAAAUACAUAUUCAUAAAAUGGAAAAUGGAUAGGUUGGUAAGAAGUGAUUGAUCUUAAAAAUUAAUGAAUAAUGUAAUAUUUCGAUGAACGCCAAUAAAAAACAAUCUUGAUAAUGUUUAAGAAGCGAUAUGUACAAAAAAUUGUA